CACUCGAAUGCUGGCUGGGCGGGGCAGUUCGGCCGCCAGGAUCGCCGCGGCGUCGCGGCACCCUGAGCGAUGCCGCCCUCCAGCUGCUGCUGGCCCGCGGCCUGGCCCCCGUGCGGGCGCCCCCCGGCGCGGAGGCUGCUGGCACUGGACAUGGCUUGGCGGCGCAGGGAGCGCAGGGAGCGCGCCGGCAGACGGGCGGAUCCUCCUCAUCCGGCACGGGGAGUCUGCCAUGAACGUGCAGCCAGAGCUCGUGGGCGGCAGGACCGACGCGGCCCCGCUGACUCAGAGAGGCCAGGCGCAGGCGAGAGCGCUGGGCAGGCGCCUGCGCGCCACCGGCGUCGAGCUGGAUGAGGUCUACUCCAGCACCGCGGAGAGGGCGCGCAGGACUUACGAGCGGUGGACAUAUCCGUGUAGGAGGCCGGCCUCGAGCCUGGCUGCCUCCGGGAGUCGCGCGAGGUCCUGGAGCUGUGCCAGGGCGAAUGGACGGGGCGCAGGCGCUCGGAGGUGUACUCCCCUGCGGUCCUGGGCCAGAUCUGCCGGGAGCAGCUGUUCUUCCGGCCCCCAGGCGUCUCCGAAGGACGCGCCGCCGUCCGGGCGCGCCCCCGCGGGCGAGUCCCAGUGGGACGUGGAGGAGCGCGUGGUCUCUUUCGUGGAGCGGCUGCUGGAGCGCCCCCCCGCGGAGCGUCCGGGCGAGGGCGGCCGGGAGCACGUCAUCCAGGGCAGCGCCGAGCCAUGGCAUCGCGAUCCGCUGCUUCCUGCGGCGUGUGUUGGGCGCGCAGCCUGCCUUCGUCGUGCACAGGACCAGACGGAGAACACGGCGGUGAGCGAGGUCUUGUACCGCCCUGGCAGCGGCAACCUGGACGGCUGGGUCGUCGUGCGCACGAACGACGCUGCGCACCUCGAGGGCCUCGCGGCCUGAGUUGCGGCACGUCCACGGGCCGCCCUGCUGUUCAGUUUGCCUUCUCAGGUUCCGAGGGGCCGCGGUUACGGAUGCAUCUCCUGCCCAUUACAGGCAUGCAGUGCCGCGCCUUCCUCCAGCAGCCGGCGGUCGUCUCGGCAACUCUCGCGCCUCCUCCUCCUCCUCCUCCUCCUCCUCCUCCUCCUCCUCCU